CUCGAGUACCAGUUCAAUUUUGAUCAGGCCUUCGAAAUCAGAGAUGAAGUUGACACCCUCAAAAGAAUGGGUCUUACCUUGCGCCUCGGCACUCCUCUGUGCACGCAACAAGAAUACAAUACUUGUCUUGAACUUGUGCCUCCUUCGUUUCGAUUCUAUGUUGAAGCAAUCUACGAGCGCCGGCAGGCCAUCGUGCCUGACUUCGAGGCUUUGCAUCAGCAACGACGUCUCUACGCUGAAUCCCGCCUGGCAGCAGCUGCUGCUGCUGCCGCCAAUUCUAAUGAAUCUGGUGUACGUCCAAACUCUCAGGGCGUCGGCGCCCCAGGAGUCGGUGGUACUGAGGACCCCAACGAAGAAGCUUGCAACGAGGUGCGUCUAGUUAUCUUAUCUGUUCCAUCCCCUGUUCUUUGGAUGCAGAUUUACUGGUAA